AUGCCGUCCUCUUUAGAAGCCAUGUUCCAGGUUCAGAACAAGUUGAGGAAGGACCUCGGACUCCACAAGGUCAAGGUAAUCCACAACAAGAACUACAAGGCUUCAGGCGGCAAGUCGUAUGUGUACCUUCUCAACCGCUUCGGCUUCAACCCCACCCAGCCUUGCGAAUACUUCCAUGAGCGUGUUCCGCACCAACGCGGUUUGGCCCACAGCCACUUUGCCAUUGGUGGUCGCGUACACAUGACUAGCAACCUCAUGAAAAAGGUCGCAGGCGGUACAGGCACGAGCCAGGUGACUGCCGAGGACCAGCAGAACGACUCCGAGUACCUUUGCGAAGUCCAGAUUGGCACGCCGGCCCAGACCCUUCUCCUCGACUUUGACACUGGAUCGGCAGACCUUUGGGUUUUCUCUACCGAGCUCAGCAAGACAUUGCAGACGAACCACACCGAUUUCGCGCCCACCAAGUCGUCCACAUGGAAGGCCAUGCCUGGCUACACCUGGCAGAUCACGUACGGUGACCAGAGCUCGGCCAGCGGUGAUGUCGGUACCGAUGUUGUCUCGCUCGGUGGCUUGGCUAUCGAGAACCAGUGUGUCGAGAUUGCCAAGACCCUCUCGGCACAGUUCGCCCAAGGUACCGGUGACGGUCUACUCGGUCUUGCGUGGCCCAGCAUCAACACGGUCUCCGACAACGGCAAAGCGGCCCCGCAGCCCACUCCUGUCACCAACAUGAUCACCCAAAAGGACAUUCCUGCCGGCGCCGAGCUUUUCACGUCUGCCUUUUACAGCACGCGCGACGCCAACGCCACGUCGUUCUACACUUUUGGCUACAUCGAUCAAGACCUUGUUACCGCCUCUGGUAAGCAGAUUGCCUGGACCCCCAUCGACAACUCGCAGGGGUUCUGGAUGUUCCCGUCCACGUCGGUGGUCAUCAACGGCAAGACGACCACCGUGGCCAACAACACCGCCAUUGCCGACACUGGUACAACCCUUGCUCUUCUCUCGGACACUGUCGUCAAAGCACUGUACGCCCAAAUUCCCGGUGCCACGUACAGCUCUACCCAGGCGGGCUACAUCUUCCCCAACACCGUCACGGUCGACCAGCUCCCAACCUUUACCGUUGCGGUUGGCGACACCCAGUUCACAAUCCAGAAGGAGGACCUCAUCUUCGCCCCAGCCGACGCCAACAACGUGUACGGCGCCAUCCAGUCGCGCGGUGACAAUCCGUUUGACAUUCUCGGCGACGCCUUCCUCAAGUCAAUCUACGCCAUCUGGGACCAGGGUAACACGCGUUUCGGCGCUGUUCCCAAGAUCCAGGCGGUUCAGAACCUCACCUUCCCAGCCGGCUCGGCCUAG